CUGUCGCCGAGCUUGCUGCUCCCCGGUGUGGCAUGGCCAGAGCCCAGCAGGACGGCAGCUCCCCUGAGCCGGUAGAGGGUCUGGCCCGGGAGGGCCCGCGAACCUUUCUGGGGCGGCUCAUGCCCCCCGCCGUCUCGUGCAGCCCCUGCGAGGCCGGCCUGAGCCCUUCCGGCGACCCCGUGUGCCCGGCCCCCGGCCCGGCGCUGGCGCCCCCUUCCCUGCUGCUCGCCUACUUCUGCGCUCGCCAGCCCCGCUCGUAUGGGGGCCCCCGCUGGGCACGGGUGGCCAGGAGCCCGGCCCCCAGCAGCCAGGCCCAGAGCGACUCCCAGCCCUCCUUGGGUCAGAGGUCUGCCGAGGAAGAGGAGGAGGGAGGACAGGAGGUGGAGCCUCAGGUCGCGUCCCCGAUGUCAGGUGGCCCCCCGGGGGGGUUAGGCCCAGAACAUGGGGACCAAGGAGAGCAGCAAGACCGGGAGAUCGGCGCUCACCGGAGGAUGGCCGAUGACCUCAACGCUCUGUACGAGCAGCGGAGAGAGGAGGAGCAGAGACGCAUUUCUCACCCUUGGAGGUUUCUCUAAUCUCAUUCGGGCUUCUUACCCCACCGAGGGAACCAGAUCCCCGAAAUCGAGCCCAACUAAGCUCUGGCGCUCACCCGGCAGGACACCAUGUGUUGGGGGGUGCAGCUGGAGGAGGUCUGCAGGGCACGACCUUCCGACCCCCCCUUCCUGUGGACUCUUGGCAAAAUGUAGCAUA